AUGGAAUGCAAUCGGCGACGUGGAUCUUCUCUCUCUCUCUCUCUCUCUCUCUCUCUCUCUCUCUCUCUCUCUCUCUCUCUCUCUCUCUCUCUCUCUCUCUCUCUCUCUCUCUCUCUCUCUCUCUCUCUCUCUCUCUCUCUCUCUCUCUCUCUCUCUCUCUCCCCUCUCUCUCUCUCCCUCUCUCUCUCUCCCUCUCUCUCUCUCUCCCUCUCUCUCUCUCUCCCUCUCUCUCUCUCCCCUCUCUCUCUCUCUCUCUCUCUCUCUCUCUCUCUCUCUCUCUCUCUCUCUCUCUCUCUCUCUCUCUUUCUAUCUCUCUCUCUCUCUCUCUCUCUCUCUCUCUCUCUCUCUCUCUCUCUCUCUCUCUCUCUCCCCUCUCUUUCUCUCCCUCUCUCUCUCUCCCUCUCUCUCUCUCUCCCUCUCUCUCUCUCUCCCUCUCUCUCUCUCCCCUCUCUCUCUCUCUCUCUCUCUCUCUCUCUCUCUCUCUCUCUCUCUCUCUCUCUCUCUCUCUCUCUCUCUCUAUCUCUCUCUCUCUCUCUCUCUCUCUCUCUCUCUCUCUCUCUCUCUCUCUCUCUCUCUCUCUCUCUCUCUCUCUCUCUCUCUCUCUCUCUCUCUCUUCGUCUUCUUCUUCUUCCUCCUCCUCCUACCUUCAGAGACAUGACUUACCCCUCUUCUCUUCUCAUCCCCCCCUCUCCGCCACUCCCAGCCAGAGCGACAUGCCCAAUUUCCUGCGACGGCGAGUGGUUCUUCUUCGCAGCCCGCGACCUCAAAUACCCAUCGGGUUCAAGGUCCAACCGAGCUACAACUGCUGGGUACUGGAAGGCCACUGGGAAGGACAGGCCAGUGCACGUGCGGUUCGCAGGCAACGAAGGCACAGAGGACCAGACAGUCAGAGUGGGAUUCAAAAAAACUCAUGUCUUCUAUAUGGGGCGAGCACCAGGAGGCGACAAGACUGACUGGGUCAUGCACGAGUACCGGCUGACAGAGGAUUUGUCUGUAGCUGGACUGGCUGGUACAGACGUGGCACAUGCUACAGCUGCAGAAAGGGAUGCAGCAGGUGGCGCUGUCAACAGCAGCAGAGACGAUGAGGCGACCAACCCAGACACCAGAGGUCUGGGAGCUAAGGGUGCCUCAGGUGGUGCUGCUGGUGGUGUUUUAGCCAGCAGCAGCAACAGCAGCCCCAAGGACAGCACUUCAGAACGUCAAACUGGCACUGCUCAAAAGAUCAACCUGGCGUCGUGGGUGGUCGUGAGAGUGCUCAAGCGAAGCUCCCAACAGGUGAUGGCAGCUCAACAUGCAAUGGUAGCACAGCAGAGGAUGGUAGAACAGCAGCAACUGGGUGGGCCUCCUCUACAAGGUGUGAAACCGCCGCUCUUAGUGCACCCGCAAGGGAGCGGAGCAGAGCAGCAGGCAGUUGUCACAGGUGGUAUGGGAGGAAGCAACGUGGCAGUGGCUCAUCCCGCACACUGGACUCUUUUCUUCUCCUUUUAUCCAGCCUGGUGCUGGCAGCAGCAGGCCAACAACGCCGCAAGGGUUAUUGACCCAUCCACUACUGGAGCAACUGUUGUUGCUACAGCAGCAGCAGCAGCAGCAGCAGCAGCAGCAGCAGCAUGGCAGCAGGGCAACAAGCCACCUUGCAGCAGGGACGGAGACCCUCUUAUUCAGGUCCAAGCAGAGGCAGAGCCUUUUGGGCUAUGGGAGGUGAUGCAGCAGGGGAUGCGCACUGGGGAGGAUCAGAUGGUAGUUCCAGAAGGAAUGACAGUACCAGACAGAAUGACAAUACCACCUACACCAGGUGCCACUGUGCUGACACCAGCCAAUCCCUUCCUUCCGCUCCCCCCCACCCACAACCACAUUCAGCUUCUCUCUCUGCCACUCACGAGAGAACCACCAAACCAGCAAGCUGGUUUCAUGGUUACCUCUCAGCAACAGCAAGGCCACAGUGCACCACAGCAGAGCAGUUACCAGCAGGCGAUCGCAGCCCCUUUGUCCUCCUGGUCUGCUCCUCCUCCACACGCCUUCCGUCCUGCCCCUUCUGCUUCCAUGUCUGCAUCCUCAUCUGGUGAAUCUCACCCCCGUACAACGUCUAGUGUUGCUGCUGCUGCUGGUGCUAGUACUAACCCAGUUGGUACUGCUGAUUCAGCUGAGACAGGGGAUACAGCAGCAGGCCAAAAGAACCAACAGGAGGAGAUGCAGCGGCUGGCAAAUCUUCUCCAAUCCAUUUUAGGAAAUCCAGUAGCCAGUACCACUGCUGCCUCUACCGAACCGGCCACUACAACUCGCACCAGUGCAAAUCCUGUUGCUUCUUCGACUGAGGCUGCUACGGCUCCUGCCCCUGCCUUUGCUUCAAGUUCUGGUGUGGUUCCCAUAGCCUCUGCCAUUCAAAGAAUGGCUGCAGCUCUCAAUAUGGCUUCAAAUGGGCUCUUGAAUAGCACAGCAGCACGAUCGGUUGCAGCACCCCCAAAUUCUGCUGUAGCACCCCAAUAUUCGGUGGCAGGAGCCCAGCAGGGGAAAAGACACAAGGGGCAGCACAUAGUGAAUGUUGGGUACCCAGAACAGCAGCAGCAGCAGCAGCAUGACCAAUAUUCCCUGCAUGAAAUGCUUCAGCAGCACAUGUCUCAGCAGCAGGAACUCAGUCCCGCCCCCCCGCGUCCCAGAAGCGCUUCCUGCCCAGCUGUCCCUCUGCAAGGUGCCAAUCAGUAUGUAACGCCCUUUCGCUCCACCCACAGCUACAACCAUCCUGGGUCAUUGCAAGGGGCAAUGGGUGGGCAGGGUGAGCAAGGGAGGACAGAGAUAGAAACCCAGAGUGAUUCGCUCCUCCAUACCAGCGCGUGGGGGAGAGGUGGAACAGAGAUGGCUGGAAGGGGGAAGGAGGGAGAGGGGAGGGUUGGAGGGGACAGUGGGGAUGGUGGCUUGGAAGCUAUUAUCCGCCAUGUCAGCUGGUAUGGAGGAGCAGGAGGCUCUGGAAUGGAUCACAGAGAAGCGAACUUGCCAGGAUGGGUGGGAGUUGCAACAGCAGGGGUAGCAGGAGCCGGUGCAGGGGUGGCGGAAGUUGCUGUGGGUGCUGCAGCAGCAGGAGGGGUGGAGAGAGCAGGAGUGGAGACAGCAGGGAUGGGAGAUGCAGCAGAAGGGGUUGGAGAUGCAGCAUCAGGGGCAGCCGCGGCAGCUGGGAAAUCGGCGGCAGCAAGAGGAGGCGGGGACCUGAUGGCUCCGGUGGAUGGGUUGGGGAUAUCAGACUUAGAAGCGCUUCUAAUGGAUGCGGAGGGAGAACUGGGCACGUUCAGCAGCAUGGUCAGGUCAAUGGAUAGCGUCGACAUGAAACGGUAG